CGUUUCGCAACGCGAUUCACCAAAAUCGCAGAAUCUCGUCAUGGCAACUAUGACGUCCCAAACGGAAGCCGCGCAGGGGACCUCCCUCGAUAUCCGGGUCGAAGACUUUCUCGACGACAAGCUCCAGUCGACCACCGAUCUCGAAGACCUCGACUCGCUUCUCGCCAACGUUGAGCUCCAGCGCAACCAGCUCCAAUCCCAGCUCGACAAUGCCGUCAAGGAGCUCGAGGAAGCUCGCCGCACCGCCGACGACCGCCAGGGCAAGCUCGCCGCUCGCAUCAAUGAGUUUGAGAAGCUCCAGGAGAGCAUCAUCGCGCGCCAGCAGGUCGACGCCGCCAGCGACGGGCCCGAUCAGGCCAUUGCGCGGUUGCGGGAGCCCAUGAAGAAGCUCGAGGCCGUCGAACUCGCCCAAAAGUACCUCACUUUGCUGCAAGAUGUAGAGAAGAAUCGCUCCGAGGCCCGAUCGCAUCUGCCACAGAGCCCCAAGGCCGCGCUAGAGCCGUACACCAAGCUGAGACAGCUCUCAACCAAGUUGACGAGCCUCCCAGGGCAAGAGGGGCUGCACCUCGUCAGCUACGUCGAGAAGGUGACAGAUUCGCUCUGGGAUGAGAUGAAGAAGAUCAUGUCGGCUGAGCUCGAAACCGUCUUGAGCCAGAGGAAAUGGCCCAAGGUCGAUGUCGAGUCCGAGAUGGACGAGGAGUGGCUCAACUGCUUUGAGAAGCUCGUCGACCUGCAGGUGCCGGAAGUCUUAUACAACCCUGGGCUUGUGCCAUUACUACCGAUUGAUGUCAUGGCCAGUAUUUUUGUUUCCGAGUUUCGAUAUCACUUCUUGAGCGACAAACCGUCCAGCAGCCCCCAGGCUUUUGGCAACCAUUGCCUUCCUUGGUUUCUCGCACACAUCGAAAAAUGGGAGACCUUUUUUCGCGAUAAUCUGGGUCACCUGCUAGUGUCCAAGUUCCAUGACACACCUGCUGCCAACAAUAUGGCAUACGUCGAUCCUGUCUGUGCGUUGAUUACCUCAAUGCUACCUGUCCUAGAGGAAAAGGCAUUGGUUGUGGCCCAGGAAGCAGUCAAAAGCCCACCCUUCCUGAGUGGCUUCAUGUCGCAACUCAUGAACUUUGACGACAAGGUUCGACUGAAGUUUAGCUACGACGGCGGAGAUGCUGAGAAUGGUUGGCCAGGCUUGACCACGCAUGUCCUUGACGAGCACUUUGACACCUGGUUCAAGGCAGAGAAGGAUUUCGCUCUUGAGAGAUUACAGACCAUCAUGGAAUCACAGGAGGCCCGUAACAUCGAUUACGACUAUGCAGAGAAGGGCAAGAUGAAGCCCACACAUGCCGCGGUACAGAUCACCCACUUGCUAAGGUCAAUAACGGGCCAGUACGCGAGGGUGCGCAACUUCAAACACAAAAUCCGCUUCCUGAUCGAUAUCCAGUUGGCGAUCCUUGACCACUUCCAUGAUCGCCUCAGAGGAUCUCUGGAGGCAUAUCAGUCCAUUACUUCCACUAUUGGUAGAACACUUCACGCUGUGACCAAAGAAGAUAUCGCUGCUCUUGAAGGCACCGGUGCCCUUGAGACGCUUGUCAAGGUGAUUGGCAGUGCCGAUCAUGUUGUCAACACCCUUAAGGAUUGGAGUAACGAAGAGGUUUUCGUUUCUCUGUGGGAUGAGUUGCAGACUCGCUCCGCCCAUCGCCGCAGCCAGGGCAUCACGAGCACCAUGAGCUACGACGACGUCAAGAACCGCACCUCUGCUACUGGGGGAGAUGAGGGCGAUGACGGGGCUCUCUUUGACGAAACAGUCGCGGCGUACAGUCAGCGCCGCAAGGCCGGCCAGGAUCUCCUCGUCGGCGCUCUGGUUGAGUCGCACAGUAAAGCUUUCCGUGCCUACUGCACCCGCGUUCAGUGGACCACUGUUGGUGAUACAGCUGUGCUUGAUGAUCUUACCAUUACCCCUGAGCUUGAUGAGCCCCUCCGCAUCCUUCGGCGCAACUUUGACUUCCUCGCCAAAGCCCUCUCCACAGCCGCCUUCCGCCGCGUCUGGCGUGAUGCCCUCUCCAAACUCCAGGACCUCCUCUGGAACGAUGUCCUCCUCCGCCACUCCUUUACCGCAUAUGGCGCCGCCCAGUUCCACCGCGACGGCACCGCCAUCAGCACCCUCAUCGAGCACUACAUCACCGGCGGGUCAUCUGCGCUUGACAGCCUGCACGAGGGACUGCGCCUGCUGAAUCUCCCUGUCGAAGCCAGUGAGGAGGGCGCGCUGACCCUCAAGGAGGGAAGCGACCGUGUCUUUACCGACAAUGACGCCGCGCGAAAAGUGCUGGAAGAGCUAGAGCUCGAGGCAUUGUCACCGCCGGUAGCCAGGAAGAUCCUGCUGCGGCGUGUAGAGAACAGCGAGAAUGUAGGAUGGUAAAGCGGUAGAUUGCCGGGUAUUAUAUAUACAAAUCCCA